CCCGACGCUGGCCCCGCCCCCCCCGCCCCUCCCCGAGCUCCCGGAAGUGCCGGAACCGGAGCUGCCCCCCCCGGCCGAGGCCGCGCUGCGCAGGCUGCUGCUGGAGGGGGCGGGGCGGCCGGAAGGGGCGGAGCUGGUGGAGCUCCUCCCCCCCGCCCCCCCCCGCGGGCUGGUGGCCCGCCUCUUCCGGGUGGCGCUGGAGCUCUGCGCCGCCGGUUGGCUGCGGCUGGCCCAGCCCCGCCCCUUCGGGCCCAUUGGACUCCGCCCCGGGCCCCGCCCCCUGCCCACGGAGGAAUAAAGGAGGGGGCGUGGCCUCGGGCUCCUCGGCGUUUUAUUGGCUGUC